AUGGCUAAAAACCAAUCUACAGGGCACUUGAGCCCAUGUCGAUAUUUGAAUGAUUCUUAUGAGGAUCCUGAGAAUUUGUAUGUUCACAAUUUAAUUUGUUCCGUUUUGAACUGUCUAUUUAUGCUACCAGGCAUUUGUGGAAAUGUGCUGAUUAUCUUAGCAGUGUGGAAAACGCCGUCUCUUCAAACUCCAUCCAACGGGUUACUUCUGUCUCUCGCGACAUCUGACCUAGCGGUAGGACUGUUAGCUCAACCUUCAUUUUCAGUUUGGCGAAUUUCGCAAAUGGCAGGCGACAUCAAAGUUCAUUGCGUGGCAGGAGUAAUGUCCGAGUCUUUUGGUUGGCUUCUCGCUGGUGUUUCAUUGUUUACCAUUACUGCCAUCAGUUGCGAAAGAUUUUUGGCUGUACACCUGCACUUACGAAAGCAUGACAUUGUCACAAGACGUGGCAUUGCCAAAGUUGUACUCAGUUUUUGGUUAACUUGGAUUCUUAUCAUUGUGUUAAGAUUUUUUAUCGUGAACAGGAAAAUUCUCAGGAUAAUUGCCGUCCAUUUCCUGGUACUAACCUCCGCUAUAAUGUUUAUGGCAUAUAUCAUGAUUUUCAAGCUGGUUCGACGACAUCAGAUGCAAAUUCAGCGACAAUGUUUCACGAGAUCCAAUGACGACUGCCGUAAUCCUGGUAAUAAGACCAUUGAUAUGGUACGUUAUAAACGGUCUACAAUAACCAUGUUGUACAUUUUAGGAUUUUUUCUUCUUUGUUAUUUUCCAUUUCUGGUCGUUAUGCUUGUUGAAAUUGCCAUCGGCGAGACUCUUCAAACCAAAGUGGCCUACUUAUACACAGUGACAUCAAUUUUUAUCAACUCGGCAGUAAAUCCGUUAAUUUAUUGCUGGCGUAUGAAGGAAAUACGAAUGGCGAUCAUGAAAAUCAUCAAUUCAGUGCGUGUUAACGCUAUCGAGCCAGAGAGGUCAAGAAGUUGUGUAGCUACAAAAAGACAUCCGUCUAUCGAACUUCAAAUUAUACAACAUCAUUCAUUACGGAACAUAGAGCAUUUGGCGAGAGUAACUUAA